AUGAUUUUUAAUGCUCUCAGGAUCCUUAAUUCCACGGUCUAUUUCACCCUCGCGAUCGUUCUUCUCGCCCUUAGCCUUUUAACGCCCGGCGACUUCAUUUAUCAAUGUCAUGUCAACCACAGACUCACGAAUAUAUUUAUUGUUGCUGGUGUAUACGUCCUCACGGUCCUGCUCGGUCUUUUGAUUUACGCAAGCCGUAUAUAUACGAAUCGUACCGCCCUUAGCGGAAUCCCGAAAGCAUGGAUACCGGUCGCGAAAGGCGAGGUGGAUAAAAAGGUUCAGAAGGAAGUGGAGGAAGGUCUUAAUCGGAGUGCGAUUAUUGCGUUUCAGGCUCGGCCUCGCAAUGUCUCGGACGAGAGCAGCGAACCUAUCCAUGAUGCUGAGCUUUCUGUCGCUGCAGAUCGGCCGCCGUGGGGUGCUGUGUCGCAUGCUGGAUGGUCAGCACCGUCGUCCGUCGAUUUCCCGGGGUUAAGAUAUGAGUCAGUCAUCGAAGAGCUCCCGCAUUUAAUUGAAGCCAAAGCCGUUUCUCUCGUUCCUGCAAAGCCUUCGUUGUCAUCGAGGGGGUUUCUUGAUCCUACAAUAACUGGAGAGGAAGACGCCCCCGAUCCGCGGCUGGUGGAGUUAUUACAAAGACCGUCGACAAUGGGCCUGCGUGAAUAUAUUGCUCACCUUACAGGUCUUGGAUUGAUCAAUCCGCCUGAGUUGGGACCUGAAUUCUUGGCGAUCUAUGAGCGAGCUCGAUUCUCAUCUCGCCCGCUAUUUGAGGACGAGUUCCGAGCCCUGAUGGGAAUCUUUGCAGAAAUUUUGCGCGGGAUGAAGGAGUUGGAUUACCGUUACUUACAAGAAAUUGGAGGCUUUGAGUCUCGUGUUGAUAGCGAGUCGUUUAUUGGUCCGUCAGAUGAAGAGGGGGAAACCGAUACGUUGAAUUCGGAGGAAAGUGUUGUUCCUCUACGGCGUGAAAGGAGUACGGAUUCGUCGACAUGGAGCAGUAGUUUCCAUUCCAUGCAUACAGCGCCAAUAGUUCCAGGGAGCGCCUCGCCGACACUCACUCAACCUACGGGACGGUAUGCGAGUGGUGGUCUACAAGAUCCGUGGUCGAAUUCUUUGUCACGCACUCGAUCGAUUGCUUCUCAAAGCUCGGGCAGUGUCAUCCGUCUGACGAGGACGCGAAGCUCGACAGAUCUUCCGUAUGAGAUUGACUUGCCAAGGCUGAAUAAUACAGGCUCUGUAUGA